CAUAUCAUCACGCUCUGCUGCAGCCUAUCCAUCUCCGCUUUAUCUGCCGUUGGACGGCUCCGUAACUAUUUGUAGCCUCGUACUGCUGUAGCUAGCAGAGGCAGCAGACCAGCCGACGGUACAUUACUGCCACGUGGUAUCUUGCUUUACUUCCAGGGUUUUGUCGAUCUAAGGAUCUAAGGGACAUCGCUGGUCAUUGUUCGCUCUUUCCUCACCAUUUUUUACAGUAGCACAUUGUUCUAACCGUAUCAUCCUGCAUUGUCCUCAUGGCGCCUCGUCCUUACCCGUUCUAUUCCCCUAAACCGUGUCCGAUAGACCAGACAUAGUAUACCCGUCGUCGUCGUCGUCAGCGUUAGCGUAACCAGAAAAGUCAUUUAUUUCGCUUCGUAUUUUAUUCGAGCAUUAACGUGUCUGACAUCCCAGCGGUACCUGUCGAGAUCAUCUCUGUCAGAAUUAACGCCUCGUUAGGGUUAACGCCUCGUUAGAAUUAACGCCGCCAGAAAGGCCACCAUGAGUUCCUCAAACCCUAGUUUGGCGUCCAUGGUUGACUCGAUGGUCAAGACCAUCGAGGAGACCAGGCGGCUCGCGCCGAAGGUUCCGGUCGACACAGCCAGCUUCUUAACCAUGGCGUUCUACCUAGGCGAGCUUCGCGAAGUCCUUUCGCAGCUCAACACGAAGCGCGACCUGACCAAGUCGUCGGCAGAAUCCCUAAACGGAAUGAAGCGGCUGAAAACGGCUCUGGACGAUCUUAAGAAGCUCACCAAGGACCACACGGAGUGCAGCCGGCUGUUCUUAAUCUUCGACACGGACAAAUUAGUCGGCGACUUGCAGCGGAUGGUGCAGGAGGUGGGCCACGAUCUGAACCUCAUGCCGGUGCUCAGCAUCAUGUCGUCGCUCCCGACAGACGUUGCCAACCGGCUGACGGACCUCCGCGGCCGGAUGCGGGUCGCGACGUUCGACUCCGAGCCGGAAGUCGCGGAGCUGUCGCUGGCCCUGGAAGACGGCGUGACGAAAAACAGCAAGAAAGUCGCGACGGCGCUGGUGGAGCGAGUAUUAAAGUUCCUAGAGAUGCCGUCGUCGCAAUCGGAUGUGCUUAAAGAGGAGGUGCAGCGGGAUCUGCUCGUAGCGGAGAAGGAGGAGCGGUGGAUGGAUGUGGAUAAGCUCACGGAGUUGAAGACGCUCGUCAGCCUCGCGAGCAUCUCCAGCGAGGUGCCGAUCACGCAGACGUUUUCGCGCCUCGCGCUGCGGCUCCGCGAGGAGCAGGGCAUGGCGGUGCCGGAUAGCUUUAAGUGCGCGAUGACGGGGGAAGUUAUGCGGGAUCCGGUGAAGCUGGUCGAGACUGGAGAGACCUACAACCGCAACGCGAUUGAGAAUUUCUUCGCGAAGGGGAAGCGCGCGUGUCCGAAGACCGGGAAGCAUCUCAAGAGCGCGGAGCUGGUGUGCAACGUGGAGGUCCGGAAGGCCAUAGAGGAGAGCUACGACGAGCUGAACCGAAAGACGCUGGACGAGGCCGCGCGGAUAGUGCGAGACGAUAUGGAGCAACGAGCGGCGGAUGCCGCGGCAGCGGCGGAAGCGAGAGCAGCCGCGCUAGCCGCGGGCGGGGAGGCGGCGGAAGCGAUCCUGGCGGAGGAAGCGGCGAAGGCGGAGGAGGAGCGGAAGAAAGAGGAGGAGAAAAAAGCGGCGGCGAAAAAGAAGAAGAAGGGGCCGGAGCCGCCGCCUAAGGAGGAGCCGAAGGCGGCGAGCGGGGGGAGAGGGAGGAGGAGGCGGUGGAGGCGAUGCAGCAGCUUUCGUCGCAGGAUAAGAAGUAUGCCGCGCAGCUGGCGGAAAGCGGCGCCGUGGUGCCGCUGGUGCGGCUGGUGACGGAGAGAGGCGUGGGGCGGUGAGGGAGGGCGCGGUUACCGUGCUGCGGAACAUCGCCAGCCUUGGAGAGGCGGAAGCCACUGCGAUAGCAGACGCAGGGGGCAUCCCCCCUGUGGUGCACCUCAUCACGCACGACACUGCCGACGUGACCGCAGGCAUCCAGCUGGUCUUAGAGCUCUCGCGCUUCCCGGCGCUGCGGCAGGCGGUGACGGACGCGAUGGGCGUGGUGGAGAUGAUCAAGCUGCUCAACUGGCACCUGGAGGACGACGUCGGGGGGCUGUUGGAGGCCGUGCUGCACACGUACUGGCGCGACGACCCGUACGUCGCCAUCCAGAUGGCGUCCGUGGCAUGUUCAAGCCGCUCGUGGUGCUCCUAGAGCCAGAGAGUGACAUGGAGACCCGCAUGAUGAUGGCGGACGGCGUCAUGACGUGGGGCGUCAACAAGGCGCACCGGGUGUCCCUCGUGCAGUGCGGGGUGCUCCCGCCCCUCGUCUCCCUCCUCAACGACGGGCCCCCUGAGGGCAAGGCCGCCGCCGCGCGCGCCAUAGAGCACCUCUCCCACACCGACAUGAACCGUAUGGCUCUGGCAAAAGCAGGGGUGAUCCCAGCGCUGGUUAAAGCCCUCGCGAGGGGGUCUGCUGAGGUGAAGAACGCGGCGCAGGCCACGCUGGCG